CUCCGAGACGACUCGUUUAUCUGAGUCAUUUAAAAGAUUCGUUCAAAAAGAACGAAUCGUUCAAGAACGACCCAUCACUCCAUAGUAUGGAUUCACUGGAGAGAAAACUUUUGACUAAAGUUUAUGUUAGAGAAACUAAAAAAUCAUCUUUAAAAUUAAUAAAAUGGUUGCAAACGAUUGGCUUGUUGAAACGGAAAAUUAAAUGCAAGAACUGUGGGCAUAAACUGAGCAUGGUUGCUUCCCAGACCAAGGAUUAUUUCAUCUGGGAGUGUCGACGUAAAAGAUGUGGACGGUUGAAAAGAAGUGUUAGGUCAAAGUCACUCUUCUCACAAUCACACUGCAGUCUAUUUACAUGGAUGAAGUACAUACAUAGAUUUGCACAGGGUUUACAUCUACGGCAAGUAGACAUGCUUCAAGAUGGCAUUGCAAAAAGCACAGCAACACUUUCUAUGAUGUCAAAGAAACUUAGAAGAAUUUGUGUAAAAAGCCUGAAAAAGCACAGAAAGAAAAAGAAGCAGAAAGUUGGUGGAGUUAAUGUCAUUGUUCACAUUGAUGAGAGCAAGUUCUGCCAUAAACGCAAGUAUGGAAGAGGACGCUUUGGUAACACCUGGAAGAGAAAGCGAACAUGGGUUUUUGGUAUACUUGAAAUCAAAGCUGCAAGCAGACGUCCAAUUCUUCGACUUGUGAAGAGAAGAAACAAGGAGACCCUUGUUCCAAUCAUCAAAAAACAUGUCAAAAGAGAAAGUCUUGUAGUGAGUGAUGAGUGGAGAGCGUAUGCCUGCCUUUCCCAGGAGGGCUACAAACAUGUGAGAGUCAACCACAGCCAGAAUUAUGUAGAUCCACAAACAGGACUACACACUCAAAACAUUGAGAGAGCGUGGCAGACAUAUAAGAGGGAAAUUUGGCGUAUGCGGGGGAAUCGGUCUGAGAACGUCUUAAAAAAACAGCUCUGCUUCAUUGAGUGGACUUACUGGUUAGCCAGAAGACAUAAACAUGGUGUACUUGGACGACUUCUCAAGGACAUAAGGAAUGAUGGGAACAUUGAGAUAAUAACCACUGGAGAUGAGGGGCCACCGGCCAUGAUGGUGGACACCAGCACUGACACUAGCACUGAUUCAAGCUCUGACUCCAGCACUGACUCCAGCUCCAGCUCUACCUCUGACUCUUCAGAUAAGGAAAAGAAGAAAAAGGAGUAUAAAAAGAAGAAUGGCAAGAAGAGAAGCAAAAAAAGAAAGAAGGAAAACAAAAAGGCAAAGAGGUCAGGCGGAAAAGGAGAGCGAGUUGCCUCAAUCUCGGAUGUGGUGAAAAGAUAUCGGCGUGUCCUCAAACAUGUGCAAAGAGGCUUCAGGAUGACCACAGCUUUCAAGAAAGCUCGCGUUUCAAGAAAUGCCGUGAAAGACACGGCAGCAAUUGCAGAGAUUUACAUAGCUGACAAAAGUCUCCUAAGCCAGUUCAAGGGUAAAUACACACUUCUGAAACUAGCGCAAAUUUGUCAGAAAAAAAUAGUUGGUGAGCUGGCAGAAAAGAUAAUUGAAAUGAAAAACAACAAACAGCUCAUCCCCUUUUCUGCCAAGAAAGCCUGAAUGUAUGCAGGAUGUAACAGGAUGUUAGCAGGAUAUUUUUGUUUGUUUGUAAGAUUGUUAAACAGGCAAGUUUUAUUUUUUCAUAAUGUGAAAUGUUGGUGUGCUGAUGGUGAAGUUGCGUGACCCCUAU